CUCCAUUAAAAAUGGCUGGAAAAAUGUUGCCAGCUCGCAUGGACAGCGCAGCUAAACUUAAAACUCUCUGAUCGGAAUAGAUCAAACAGCACACCUGUCCAUCUAUUAGAGAUUUCAAAGUGGCAUAGUCAGGUCAAGGGGAUACUUUACGUGUUAAGAUUAUCUGUAAUAGAUGAAUUAUCUCUUGGUCGACCACAGUCCUGUACUAGUUUAUGAUCCAUUGUAAUAUAAUUAGUUGAGGGAUUAGUUUUAUGAUUACGGAGACGAGGCGAUUUCAGAUAUAGAUAUUAGUUAUUUGCUCGAAGGAGUCAAGGUUUUCUCAUCUGCAACUGCAUAUAUUUAAAGAAUGCAGAAACUAGCUAUCCUUAAAAGGUGGUUUGGCAAGAAGAAAACAAUGUUGGUGGGUAGCAUAGAUAAAAGAUGGAAACAUCUAAGUGGAGAAAACCAUUGGAAGGACCUCCUGGAUCCUCUUGAUAAUGAUCUCCGGCGAUACAUCAUUCAUUACGGAGAAAUGGCUCAGGCUACCUAUGACAGUUUCAACGCGCAGAAGGCAUCUAAGUAUGCAGGAAGCAGCUUGUAUGCAAAGGAUGACUUUUUUACCAAGGUUCAUUUAGAGAAAGGCAAUCCAUUCAAGUACCGUGUUACCAAAUUCUUGUAUGCAACAUCACAGGUUCAGCUCCCUGAAGCAUUCAUCGUAAAGUCAUUAUCGAGGGAGGCAUGGAGCAAGGAAUCCAAUUGGAUAGGGUUCGUUGCGGUGGCUACCGAUGAAGGGAAGACCACGUUAGGGCGGAGGGAUAUUGUCAUUGCUUGGAGAGGUACGAUACGGACCUUAGAGUGGGUUAAUGAUUUUGAAUUUAAUUUUGUCUCAGCUUCAAAAAUUCUUGGCGAGUCCGGUGAUCCUAAGGUGCACCAAGGUUGGUACUCAAUCUACACCUCUGACGACUCGCGUUCACAAUACAACAAGAAUAGUGCUAGAGACCAGGUUCUUAACGAGGUAAGGAGACUGGUGGAUAAAUACACAAAUGAAGAAAUCAGCAUAACCAUAGUCGGCCACAGCUUAGGAGCUGCAGUUGCAACUCUGAAUGCAGUGGAUAUAGUUGCUAAUGGAUUUAACCAGUCGCAGAAAAACAAAGGCUGUCCCGUCACAGCCAUUCUCUUUGCCAGCCCUCGCGUCGGGGACUCGAACUUCAAGAGGGUUUUCUCCGGAUAUAAGGAUCUUAGAGCAUUACGCAUUCAUAACGUUCAAGACUUUGUUCCUAACUAUCCAUUGAUAGGUUAUGCGGAUGUAGGAGAAGAAUUGGUAAUUGAUACCACCAAGUCUAAGUACUUGAAGAGCCCUGGAAAUCUAUCAAGUUGGCAUAAUUUAGAAGGUUACCUGCAUGGAGUGGCAGGAACACAAGGGCCGAAAGGAGGGUUUAAAUUAGAGGUCAACCGCGAUAUUGCUCUUGUUAACAAGACUAUUGAUAGCUUAAAGGAUGAGUAUCUUGUACCAGCAUCAUGGCGGGUCCAAGAAAACAAGGGCAUGGUGCAGCAAGCAGAUGGUUCCUGGAAGUUGAUGGACCUGGAAGAGGAUUUUAUACCUGAAGAAUAAAAAAGAUGGUUAAGAACAUCAAACCUUAUUGUGUUUGCAAGAUUUAUAUGCCGUUAAUUAUUUAAAAUUGAUUAUAAGGGUGUGCUAAUAAAGUGCCGAUAACGGUAAAACUCAGCUUGAGGCAUUGGGGAAUCGGCAGAUCAAUUGUGAUGUCAUAGCAUUGCUCUAUGUGUGUUUGUUUCUAUGAGCAUAAUUAAUUUGUUUUUAA